AUGACAGUGGAAAACGGCAACAGCUCUUCAUCGCCACUCUCAAACAGUAAAGAGGUGUCACCCUACGCCCUCAGUGGGCGGCUGCCUGAUCAUCGACAAAACAACAGCAGCAACAACAGCAACAACAACACCCAAACCCGAGCAGAAAGAGGCUGCCAAACGGAAAGUGGAGGACCUGGUGGAGUUGAUGAUGAUGAAGAUCAUGAUGAUGAUGCUAAGCGUUCGCCAUUUGCUGAUGGCAAAAGAGGCCCCUCAAAACACCUGAGCACUCCACCACUUAAAACAACUGCCGGUGGUGGUCGUUAUCAGGUGGCCGUUGAGGUUCACCACCUUCAACACCAUCAGCCUAGCCAGUUUGUCAAUGGCAGACAGCCAUUCAACAACUUAUUCCCCAACAAGAAUGAUGAUGGUGAUCUAAAUGACAAUGAUGAGUCUGAUGACUACGUGACGUUGAUGAGAAAAUCCGCGGCCAGAACAAGUGGUCAAAACCUCGAUGACGUCGCCUCCAUCAGCACUUCUUCUAAUGCGGGUGAAAUGAUCAAUAGCAAUCACCAAAGCCUAAAACACUGGAGAAAAACAAAUUCAAAUAACAGUGCUCAAACGGUGACAGUUCGAUACCGAUCCGCAGGUGGAUCCAAAGAGGAGUCGGCGGUGCAAACAGGAUUUCCAGCAAUGCAGCAUGCACAACAGCAACAGCAGCAACAGCGUCAUCAUCAGAAUGGAGGUCGCAGUUCGAGUGGCAAUUGGAGUGCCGCCACCAGUGACCUCCUCCAGUCCUCCUCCACCUCCUCCAGUCCACUUCAUCCGCUGACAACGAUGAUGGCGGCUCAACCGUCCUCAUUAUCAAAGAAAAGGCAGUCCAAUUGGAUCAGUAAAGAAUCGACAGAAGUGUCCACCACCACUGAUCAGGCCACAGGGGCAAACUCUGCUUCCACUUCAACUCAGCAGCAACAGCAGCAUCAGCAGAACGACGAGGCAGAGUCGGUGUACUCGGUGGACAAUGACGGCUACUUCACCUCGAUGCACACCGACUCGGGCCUUCUCUUUGGCCAUACGCCGAUGACCGUUGAGUUGAUGUCCAAUUCCAAUACUAAUAAGAAGGGAAUGAACAGCGAGCAGCUGCAACAACAGCAGCAGCCUAAACAGCAGCAGCUUUCACAAAAGCUGAAAAAGUCCGAAAACAACGGCCACAGUAGACUGCUCGAUCGGAAGGCACUUUCGAAGCGUUUUGAGCGCAUUCAAGAGGAGCAACAAGCUCCAAGUGGAGGAAAGAGUGUCAAUGGAGUGAUGAUGCUUGAUCAACAACAACAACAACAGCUGCAACAGACGACUUACGGCUCCAACGAGUCCAUCAACUCGAUUCUCUCCAACAGCGACGCCACCUCGGUGGCAGUGGAUGAAGAGGAGGAGGAGGAAGUGGAUAAGGAGGACCGAAUUGCCCAAUUAGAAGGUGAAAAUGAAAGCGAACAUGAUGGUCACGGUAUGAUGCUGCUCUCGCCCAUGGACGACACUGCCUCCUCGCUGGCCGGCGACUUUGACUGCUCCGUCAGUCACUGCUCACAUCAGUUCAGUGGUCAUCGUGGUCAUCAACAGCUGCAACAGCAAAAUAACCACAACAUCAAUGGAGAAGGUCGACCAGGUUUCCUGCUCGGACAUCGAGCUCACCACCGAGCCGAGCUGGAGGAGAAACGACGGCUGACCGCGGCGGCCAUUCGCAUGAUGCACCAGCGACAACGGAGCAACAACAACGGCAACAACAUCAUUCAAACACAGCAGUCAAGCAACACUCGACUUCGAACCGUUUCCGGAACCUCAUUUGACAAUGAGGACGAUGAGGACAAUGACGAUGAGACGCUUCGAA